GGUCUUGGCAAAUAGACAAUUCAAACAACUCAAAUCCAGGCCCAGAUUUGAUUGCCAACAGGGCCGAAUUGAGUUGAGUUGCGUUGGAUUUGAUUGAGUUGAGUUGGCUGGAUUUGAGUUGUUGCGAGCCUUGGUUUUGAAUGACAUGCCUCGCGGCGCUGGCUACCAGGGCGGCACGCUAGCUGCUUUGGAUCGGGCCGGGGUACUGAAGAAAGCGGUGGCUCUCGGUCAUGUAUCCAGAGGCUUGUGUUGGAGAAAGCCCCCAGUUGAUGACGGCGCAGGAGGGAUGAGAUACGGCGAUAUCAUCGCGCGUGUGGCCUUUCCCCCAAGCAAUCCCAAAGACCUCGCCGGCACGACGUCCGCGCUCGUUCUUCCCCAGUCGAAACUGGCGAAGCUGUUCCUGGACGAGGUCCAGGCCACAGGACUCGUCAAGGUCCACUUCGGCAUGGAGUUGACAGCCAUCGACGACGACGGCGACUCGGUCAAGGCAACGUUCAGGCGGACAGGCGACGGGACCCAAGAGACCCACGAAGCUGCCUUCCUCGUGGGCGCUGACGGCGGAAGGUCGACCACUCGCAAGCUACUGAACAUCCAGUUCUUAGGCCACUCGUGGCCGGAGCGUAUAGUUGCGAUAGACUGCGUUUUCGAGGUCCCGCGAACGACAGAACGGGAGUACCCAGUUUCGUUUAUCGUCCACCCGAUCCACUUUGGCGUCGUACUUCCGCUUGACCCGUAUGAGCCCGGGGAACGAAGCCUCUGCCGGUGUGCUGUUGGGCUCGACCCGGCAGACACGCGCUCCGACGAGGAAGUCGCCUCCAAGGAAAGUCUCCGCGAUCUUCUGGAGAAGAUGCUGCCGGGACCGCGGCCGCUCGACGUCGAGAUCAUCAGGGCUGCGCCGCAUCGCAUCCACCAGCUCUGUGCUUCGACCUUCAGGCGCGGCCGAUGCAUCCUCGCCGGCGACGCAGCGCACCUCAACAACCCCUUCGGAGGACUCGGGCUCAACUCGGGCCUGCUGGACGCCGAGGCGGCGGCCGACGCGCUGGCGCUCAUCCUCAACGAGGGCAAGCCGCUCGACCUGCUCGACGCGUACGCGGCCGAGCGGCAGCGCGUGUUCCAGAUCUUCACGAACCCCGUGUCGACCAUGAACAAGCUGCGCUGUGCGAGGGACCCCGAGCACGCCCACGAGGACUGGGUCAUCCGGCUGGUCAAUGCCGACCCUGCCGCGCUGAAGGUGUAUGGCAAGCACUUCUACUCGACGUGGCGCACGGAUAUGAGGGCGUUGGCUGCCAAGUUGUCGUCGUCGGCCUAGUCGAGUGCGUUGCCAGUUGGUUUCGGCCUACAAGGUGCACUGGAUGAUGAGUAGGUUAUCGGCAGUGAAAUUACAGAACACUAGGUACUUACGGCCUCAGUUUGACUGUAAACGGCCCUGUACACUUUGGGUCCGUAUUCUUGACAUUGGACAUAUUCAAUGCCAGCGCGCCUCUCUCACCCUCACAUAUUGCUCAUUCAACUCUGGCUGCGCGAAUCCAGAAAUUG